UCUCAGUGAGGUGGAAUCAUAAGUAGAAGCAGACUGGCCUGCAGAGGAAUUGCUUGACUCGAGAGCGAAGACAACAUUUCAAUAAGAAAAAGCUCGAUAUCAUUCAGAUGCAUUGGUGAUCAUAUCCCAAGAUGGAGAUGCAAGAGUUAAGAAGCCAUGAUGGAUCAGAAAUCGAACAUGAGAGAAACGCAAAAGACUUGCUCUGCUCUCUCAUCAAGGACUUCUGUGACUACACAUCUGCGCAUGGCCUGGGAAGGAUAAUGGCGGCUACACAUUGGGUGCGAAAAGUACUCUGGAUCAUGCUCCUUUUGAUUGCGAUGACGAUUAUGACGAUUCAAGUGCACGUUUUGUACUUAAAAUACCAAAGCCGGCCUCUGACUACCUUGGUCACGGUUGAAACAGCCUCGAGCCUCCCAUUUCCAGUUGUAACACUCUGCAACUUCAAUGCUCUCCGAAAUGAUUCUCUACAAGCUGCUAAAGAAGAUGGAAUGGACAUUUUCAAAAACCUCUUCACAGGAGAACUUGCCAAAAACAUCUCAAGUAACCGGAGAAAACGACGAUCAAAUGAUCCUGCUCCAACUUUAGAAAGCCUCGCUAAUCAGGAAGGUUCAACAUAUGAUUCUGAUGACGAUGAUGACGAGGACUUUUCUUGGGAUGACGACGAAGACGAAGAGUUUCGCGAUCCGUUUAAGAAAGACCCAACCUUUUUGAAAAAGGAGCAGUUUGCUGUUCUUAUGGCUAAGGAAGAUCUUUCACUAUUAAGCAUGAUAGGUCACCAAUUUGACGACUUGGUUUUGUCCUGUACAUACAGGGGUGUCCCAUGCAAGAAUUUCUCCUCUAUUUUUUGGAGGAAGUUUUGGCAUUACAAGUAUGGCAACUGUUUUGUAUUUAACAGUGGCAAAACAAAAUCAGGGGAGAACGCACCCAUCCUAAAAUCCAACAAACCAGGACCAUCUCAUGGACUUAUCUUGGAACUUAACGUCGAGCAGGAGGAAUACGUAGGACAAAUGAGUCCAGAGGCGGGAAUCAAACUUGAUAUUUCUCCUCAUGGUGAGAUGCCCUUUCCACUGGAAAGAGGCCUGAGUCUUGCUCCAGGAUACGCCACUAUGAUUGGGAUGAGGAAGGAAGUGAUAAAGAGAGAGGAUCCAUUUCAGAGUAAGCGAUGUUUGAAGGAGGUGACCAAAGAUGAAACCAACUUGUAUACAAAGCACUUUGGAGCAGUUUACUCUUCAACGGCAUGUAGAAAAUCUUGCUUGGCCUACAAUCAGCUUAAAAGGUGCCGAUGUAUGCAAUACCAGUUUCCAGGAAGUUCCAAUUACGGUAUCUGUAACGUCAUCGACAAACCAACACUCAAAUGCCUCAGCGGUGUCCAGAAGAUGUUUAAAGAAAACAAGUUAAACUGUACUACAUCUUGUCCGCCACCGUGCAGAGAAGAAGGUUACAAGAUGAGUUCCUCGUUUGCUCUUUGGCCAUCGGAGAAGUAUGAGCCAAUCUACGAAGAGGCUUUGCAGAAGGAACACAAAAUUUUGUUUACCAAGAUAGGUUCAUCUCACAGGAAAAAUGUUUGCAAGUUACAAGUAUUCUAUGAAGAACUCAACUUGGAGAUGAUAACGGAACAGCGAUCGUAUGAGAUUGAAGACUUCGUAUCGGACAUUGGCGGCCAGUUGGGUCUGUGGAUUGGUUUUUCUGUGCUGACUGCAGCUGAGUUCUUAGAGCUGUUCAUGCUCAUAUUCCACGCAGUUUUAAAGAGCUGUGGAGCCAAAAAGACACAAAAUUCAAACCACAUUCAUCAGGAUAGUGUGGCCUAAACAGAGAAAGCUAUGGAAUUUCCCUAACCAGGCGCGUAGCGUGGUCAUUUUUUCAAGUACGCACAAGUACAUAUGAUCUAGAAACCUAAGUAAA